GCGAAUCGGCCGGCGGCCAGCGAGGCGCGGGAACAUGCUCGAGGUCCUGGUGCUGAAGGUUGAAGAUCCAGGUUGUUUCUGGGUUAUUAUAAAAGGAUGCAGUCCCUUUUUAGAUCAUGAAAUGGACUAUCAAAAACUAAAUAGUGCCAUGAAUGACUUCUAUAAUAGCAUGUGUGGAGAUGUAGAAAUAAAACCAUUGAUGUUGGAAGAAGGGCAGGUUUGUGUGGUGUAUUGUCAGGAGCUCAAGUGCUGGUGCAGGGCUGUUAUUAAGUCAAUUGUGUCUUCAGCAGACCAUUACCUGGCAGAAUGUUUCCUUGUGGAUUUUGCCAAGUCCAUUCCAGUGAAAUCUAAAAACAUCCGAGUUGCAGUAGAAACUUUUAUGCAGCUUCCCUACAGAGCAAAAAAAUUCAGACUGUACUGCACAAAACCUGUUACAUUACACAUUGACUUCUGUGAAGACAGUGCUGAAAUUGUACCUGCCCAGAAGUGGGACAGUGCAGCUAUUCAGUACUUCCAGAACAUUCUCAAAGCAACUACCCAGGUGGAAGCCAAAUUGUGUGCUGUGGAAGAAGAUACUUUUGAGGUUUACCUUUACGUGACUGUAAGAAGUGAAAAAGUUUGUGUUAAUGAUGAUCUGGUUGCAAAGAACUUCGCUUGUUAUGUAUCACCCAUGGAAAAUAAAACCCUUGAUUCUUUAGAGAAAUCAAGAUUGAAUAUAAAGUCAGCCUCCUUUUCCAAUCAACUCAAUCCGGCACUUACUCUUUGGCCAAUGCUUUUGCAAGGAAAAAAUUCUCAAGGAAUGGAAAAUAAAACUAUAAAAUGUAAAAUGGAUUCGUUGGGAAGCUCACCUAAACAAACUGAGAAGAAACAACAGUGCAUCUCUUUAAAAGAUGUAAAUAAGUGUGUUGAAUCUUCCGUGUACUGGCCAACAAAAAGAGGCAUAACCAUAUAUGCUGAUCCAGAUAUACCAGCAGCCAGUGCUUUAUGUCAGAGGUCAAAUGAGACACCACUUAGAUUGACUGAGAAGAAAGACUACAAUGAGAAGAAUGGCUGUGUGAAAUUAUUGCAAUUUUUAAAUCCUGAUCCUUUGAGAGCUGAUGGAAUCUCUGAUCUGCAGCAGUUGCAGAAGUUGAAAUUGGGCAUACAGCAGCCCUUCACAGUGCUCCGGAACAAGAUCGAACCUUGCUUAUGCAUUGAUAUGUCGCCACUUUCGGCGGACCUGAAAAAGGCUCUUCAAAGAAAUAAGUUUCUGGGACCUAACCACACUGAAUCUUACUCUUGGCCUCCCAUAGCACGUGGCUGUGAUGUGGUUGUCAUUUCUCAGUGUGGAAAUGACCCUUUGUUGUACCUUCCACCAGUGCUUACGGUUUUGCAAACGGGGGGCUGCUAUCAGUCAUUACCGAGUAGAAACGGACCUCUGGCAGUCAUCAUAUGUCCUGGGUGGAAAAAGGCCCAAUUUAUUUUUGAAUUAUUGGGAGACUAUAACAUGUCCUCCAGGCCUCUUCAUCCUAUGUUGUUAACAAUUGGACUCCACAAAGAUGAAGCCAAAAGCAUGAAGCUUCCAAGGGGGUGUGAUGUAAUUGUGACAACACCACAUAGUCUCCUGAGAUUUCUCAAAUAUCAAAGCUUGUUAUUUCUUAGACUCUGUCACCUAAUUUUGGAUGAGGUAGAAGUAUUAUUCUUUGAAGCUAAUGAACAAAUGUUUGCUAUCUUACAUAACUUUAAAAAAAAUACUGAAGUUGACGAAAGGGAAUCUGCACCACAUCAGAUUGUUGCAGUUGGAGUUCGUUGGAACAAGCAUAUAGAACAUUUACUCAAAGAGUUCAUGAAUGACCCCUACGUUGUGAUCACAGCCAUGGAAGAGGCUGCUCUCUAUGGCAAUGUCCAACAGGUAGUACACCUUUGCCUAGAAAGUGAAAAAACUUCUACUUUACUCCAAACUCUUGAUUUCGUUCCAAGUCAGGCACAAAAGACCUUGAUCUUCACCUGUUCUGUAGCUGAAACUGAAAUCGUGUGUAAGGUCGUAGAAAGCAAUUCAAUAUUUUGCUUGAAAAUGCAUAAAGAAAUGGUUUUUGAUUUAAAAAGUGUUUUAGAGCAGUGGAAGAAGAAGUUAAGUUCUGGCUCUCACAUUGUAUUAGCCUUAACUGAUGACUGCAUACCACUCUUGGCCAUCACUGAUGCCACGUGUGUGAUUCACUUCAGCUUUCCUUCCUCGCCAAAAAUCUUUGGAGGACGUCUAUAUUGCAUGUCUGAUCAUUUUCAGAGUUUAACUGAACAGGGUUCUCCUGCAGAACAGGGAGAUAAGAAAACCAAAUCUGUCUUGCUGCUGACGGAGAGAAAUGCAUGCCAUGCAGUUGGUGUCCUGCGCUAUUUGGAGAGAGCAGAUGCCAAGAUUCCAUCGGAGCUGUAUGAGUUUACUGCAGGGGUUCUAGAAGCCAAGGAACACAAAAAAGCCAGAAGGCCUCUUUGUCCAUAUCUUAAGGCUUUUGGUUUUUGCAAAGACAAAAGGUUCUGUCCUAAUCGGCACCAUAUUAAUCCAGAAAUAGACACGCCAAAGAAAUUAUCCAACCACGCUCUACCAGUGUGUAGCUACAUUAAAAUAAUACCUUUUUAUAUUUCAAAUGCAACAAAUUACUUUGGUCGUAUCGUUGAUGAACAUGUGGAUCUUUAUGCAUCUCUUAAUGCUGAAAUGAAGGCGUAUUUUGAGGAUUCCAGUAAUAAAACAACCGUUGAAAAGGUGGAGAAAUUUGGAUUAUAUGGAUUAGCAGAAGAAACACUUUUUCACAGGGUUCAGGUGUUGGAGAUGAGCCAAAAAGAAGACACUUGGGCCCUAGAUAAUGUCCUUGUGAAGUACAUAGAUGAAGGCAGGACUGGACUUGUCACAAGAGACCGACUGCUGCAUCUCCCAGAAAAUUUCCACACUCUGCCCCACCAGGCUGUGGAGUUUAUUGUUUGUCGAGUGAAACCUGCGGACAAUGAAAUUGAGUGGAAUCCAAAGGUUACUAGGUACAUUCAUCAAAAAAUUAUUGGAAAACUGCAUGAUGCAAAAGUGAUACUGGCUUUCGGAAAUACAGUUUGGAUUGAUCCAAUGGUGCACAUUACAAAACUUUCCAAUUUGAAAACUUCUGUCAUUGAUUACAAUGUUCGAGCUGAAAUUUUGUCCAUGGGAAUGGGCAUUGAUAAUUCAGAACAUAUAGAACAACUGAGAAAAUUGUACGAAGGAGCUAAAAUGCCAGCUUUUGAAGAAAGCCUAAGCCAAACCCUGACGCCUUCUUCGGAGGAAGAUGUGUCCUGUCUGCCAAGCACGGAGUCAGGAAGAGGCGCUGACUCCGAGACAAACUCAGAAAACCAAAAGCAUGAAACUUUACUCGAAAACACUGGAGAUGCCCCCAUUAACAAAACUACAGAGCCUCUGAAAAGCUUCCACCCACAAAUAAAGUGGUUCCAAAAAGACGAUGUGGUCGUAUUGAAGAUAAGAAUAAGGAAUGUAAAAGAUUACAAAUGUAACUAUUUUAGAGAUAGAGUCAUUUUCAGUGCCUGGGUAGGAGAGAAGUUUUACUUGGCUGAUAUGGAACUGCAGGCCAACAUAAUAAAAGAUGAUUGCAAAUGCAUAAUUAAAAAUGAUGAGCCCAUAAUCACUCUUGCAAAAGAGAGAAGGGAGUCCUGGUGCAGCUUACUCAAACAGAGGAAUCCUAAUGUGGCUUUUGAUUUUGAUCACUGGGAAGAAUGUGAAGAGGAAAGCCAUUUCUCCAAGGUUGUGAAUUCUAAAAGUCUGUCCUGUAAAGUGGCAGAGGUGAUUGAGAACAGUGACCAAACUUCGGAGGAUGACGAAACUGAGAGUGAAUGAAAAUGUGAAUUAAAUCCUGAAGAAUGGCCAAAGACUAUGAACAGAAAUGGAUAUUGUUGUGUGACUGAAAGUUAAGAAAAUAAGCAGUCAUAUUCAACCUUUUUUCCACCUCGAGGAUAAUUUAUUACAAGUGUCAUCUUGUGGUGCUGGGAUUGGUAAUGGUAAGAAAUUCUGAAUCAAUUUAAAAAUGGGCUGAAGAUGACACUAUCUUGGGUGGCAGCAGACAGAAAAGGCUGGUGGAACACACGCCCGUCUUCGCGGGCUAUCCUCAUUGCCUCCUGCGAAGCCGAUCCUGACACACUCCAGUGGAGUCGCAAAAAGCGUAUGCUGGCAUUCAGGUAAAGGAACUCUGCCAUCUGGAGGUCAUCUGUUUGUUUUUCUUCAUUUAGACCUGCGUUUGGUACAUUCCUAAAAACGUGGUCUUGCGCAUAUAAAUUGAAGUUUCCGUCUUACAAAUUCAGUAGCGCUUAACAGACCCUUUCAACCAGGAGUUAAUUGGGAUUCAACAUAACUGCCUGUGUGCUAAUACUUCUAGGAUUCUUAAGAUAUUGAUAGCUGCUCGGGGUAAGUUUACGGACUCUAAAGAGACAGUCCCAGAUAAAAAUGGGGAAGAUGCCCCCCCCCCGCCCCCGGAACCGCAAAGUCCUGGGUAAAUGGGACAAAGGUUUCUCUAAAGUGGAAACUGGAAACGACCUGUGGGGUGCCUACAGGUAACCCUCAGAACACCUGGAUGUGAUGACCCCUAAAAACAUUCAUGAUGCCACUUUGGCGUGAGGCCGUGGCACCCAGGGUCACAAAGUUAUCAGGAGGAAUGUGUAUUGUCACAACUCCUUAAAUGUGGGAAUGCCCAGGAGCCUGACUUUGCGUGUCAGUUGGAAAAGUUAGGAACGUGAGCUCCUGGGAAAUUUAAACCCCGCGUGCUGCUUCUGUGUGAGGCUGGUAAGGGCAGGGAGCCCAGACGUGGAGAAGCACGUUGAUAAGAUAUGCUGACUCCUGUGACUGCCCCCGAGGUCUUUACUCGUUUUAUACGUCAGAAAGCACAAGUUUGUAUAUGUCCCAGGUAUAAGCCACCACUUGAAUGACAGGUAAACUCUGUCACUAGGCUGCCCCGUGAGCAGGUUUGGAUCCCUCACUGGCUCAGUUUCCUCAUCUGUAAAAUAGGACCUUGUGUUUACCGCGCAGCCUCACCUCAGGAGGUGCCCCAGAUGCUGC